UUCAGGGUUGGCGAUUAUCGAACUGAACAAAAAAACUUUUUAGUUUGGUUUAUGCAGAACCGUAAAGUGGAGGAUGGAAUGAGUUCACCAAGAAAAACAUUAUCAUAACCACGAAAACAAACCUUCGUCCAAAUAAAGCUGGCUAAAAUGCACUUGGCUUAAUUUAACAAUGAAUGAUAGCGGUGCUGAAUGCUCAGAAGCCUUGGAUCCUCGAGUUCAGAUAGAGCUAGAACGCCUUAACACUGCCACAGACGAGAUCAACAGGCUAGAAGUAGAGCUUGACGAAGCCCGGCUGGCGUUCAGACGGUUGUUGGCAGAAGGACACCUCCGGAUCCAACAGCUAACGAAGAAACUUGGCACCAGCGUACAUAAAGCCCGGCCUUACUAUGAAGCACGAUUUAGAGCUAGUAUUACGUCCCAAGAACUCCAAACGGCCACAAUCGCCUACGACAAAGCCAACAGUGCGCACUCGGCCGCGCGCGAAAUGGUGUACCUGGCCGAGCAGGGGCUGGCGCGGCUUGCGGAAGGCUCGCAGGGAGGCCUCACGCUUGACCCCGCCUGGCAGGAGAUGCUCAACCACGCCACGCACCGCGUCAACCAGGCGGAGGCCGAGCGCGCCAACGCGACGGUGACGCAACGCACGCGCCAGGCCGCGCACCGCGCCGCCUCCGCGCUCGUGAACCAGCUGCAGAACUCGCUCAAGAGGCACAUCGCCAAGUCCAGGCCAUACUUCGAAGAGAAGGCUCGCAUCAACGCGGCCCUAGAGCACCAGAAGGCCCGCAUCCAGACCUUGGAAGAGCAGGUGGCUGAAGCCAAACAGCAGUACUCGUCGGCCCUCAGGAAUCUGGAGAGGAUAUCCGAUGAGAUACACAGGCAUCGGUCCAGGAGACAGUCUACUAGGAAUGAUAUAGACCGUUCCACAAUAACGGAUACGGCGAGCGACACCAACACCACGGCCAGCGACAAACUAGAGGAAAUCUGCGACCACAGCGCCGACGCGAACGUUCGCGAGUGGCUGCGGAGGACCGAACAUUCGCGCCCGCGCUGCUUGCAAGACUCCGACACCUGGACUGAGAUUGACCUGGAUUAUUCUAGCCCAGAAGAGGUGAGCUUCGAAAAAUGCUCGUUCCGUCCGCGGUCCUCCCCAGAAAAGUCCCUACCGCCCAGCCCGCCGGAAUCCAAAGUGUCGGCGGCGUCUCCCCGGCGCAUCAUCCGCGGGCGCGGCGCGGCGCUGGCGGAGCUGGAGCGCGGCCGCCGCCCGAGCCUCGACGCGCUGCUGCACGACACCGGCGAGAAGGUCAAGGAUCUGUUCCAAGGGCUGUCCCUAUUCGGCGAGCGACGCGGCUCGGCGUCGGCUCCGCGCACGCCGCGGCGGGCGGCGUCCCCGCGCGCGCGUGCCAGCCCUGCGCCCGAAUCCUCUGCGUCUGACGAUCGGUAUUCUGACACCGACAGCCUGGCCAGCGUGGAAAUGCUCACAGACGACCAGAUCGCUUCGCUUAUGCUGGACGCCCAGCUCGAAGCCGUUUGCGAAAGGCUCGCCGGCGUGGCCGUGCGGCGCGAGUAACACUCGACCCAACGCCGUAAGACAUAGAGCUCAAAAUUAAAUGUGGGAACAUUCGUAACUCCAGCAUGCAUGGAGAAAGGAGGCCUGUAUUCACCAAGGGAUGUGAAGUUCAUCCGUAAAGGUAAUUAAAGUGUUUGAGCCUUAAGAAAAGGAUAUAAAGUUCAGAAUAACGUGGAAACCAGUUAAUAAAGAAAAGGGGGAGGGGCAUACAAUGUCGAGCCAUAGCUUAAUCAGUGCAACAAUGGUACAACUGAAAUAUUGAUAUUUCCGCAAUUUAGUACCUUCAAAAUACAUUCCAAUUUAUUUUGUUUCAUAUUUAUAAAUAUUUACUAAAUAAGCAGCUAAUAAAUAAUAUAAAAACAAACA